AUGGCCGCUUACAACGGGCGCCGUGCCCCCAACUUCUCUCAAUAUCUCGAUGACCUCAACGCCAUCCCGUCGCCUUACGACCAGGCCCUGCAACAGCAGCAGCAACAGACCACCCUCAACCUCGAUGAGGAACUGGCUCUGUUCACCAACACCGAGUUCUUCGAUUUCGACAAGUUUACCGACCUGAGCCUGCCUCAUUUCGACUCCGUGGAUGACAAGACUCUCGCUGCCGCCGACCAGUCUCAAAAUGCCGACAUGAAGUUUUUGGACUUCCUUCAAGAUGGCCUCGGCAAUAUGCCCGAGUACCAGCCUGACUUCAGCUCGGUCAAUGCUCAGCAAAUCCCGGCGCAGAACCAGCCUUUCUCGGCGGUUCCCGCCGUGCCUGCGGCUAACCCGGCUCCUGUUCAAGCACCCCUGGUUGCCCCUCAGGCGGCUCCGACUCCGGCAUCCAGCGCCGUGUCACCCACCACCCCCGCCGCUGGGCCCAAGCGCAAGCACACCCAGAAGUCCACCCAGGCUAGUGCUGAGGAGGCCGCCCGCAACGUUGCUGAGGAGGACAAGCGUCGUCGCAACACUGCCGCCAGUGCUCGUUUCCGCGUGAAGAAGAAGAUGCGCGAGGCUGCACUGGAGAAGCAGCUCAAGGAGACCAAUGACAAGAGCGACGUCCUCGAGGCUCGUGUCUCACAGCUCGAGCUGGAGAACCACUGGCUGCGCGGCCUGAUCAUGGAGAAGAACGGCACCGAAGAGCGCAACGAGCAAUCCGAGAAAGCCAUCUCGGACAUGUUCAAGAGUUUCCUGGCAUCCCAGAACACCGACUCAAGUACCUCCGAGUCGAAGCACGGCGUUGGAACUUUCGCGUGA